UUCGGUUCUGGUACCUCAAAAUUUUUAGCCGCCAACGUCAAAAAAAAAAACAAAACCAAAAUCAAAACAAAUUUACAACCAAAUUUAUUAGCGUGUCUGUUCCCAUAACAACAAAUUGUUCUGUAUCUAAUCACCUCAUUUACAAGGAGAACAUGACAUCGAACGUCCUUAUACAACCCCAAGGUUUAAAACCUGAGGGAUUUAAUGCAGUAAUGGACUCAACAACAUUAUCGUUACCACCAACGGCUACAACCACAAUUCAACAAUCUCGUAUCGAUCUGCACAGUAACAGUUCAGCCACACCUAGAGUUUCAGUCGACGUAUACUCCGCAUUGUCCCAACAAGAAAAACAUCGUUCCCAAUCACAGCAAUCAUUAUCCAGCCAUAUGACCAAACGAGUACAUCGAGAAAUAAGGUUUGGGAAUUAUAUCCUUGGAUCUACUCUCGGUGAAGGAGAGUUUGGAAAGGUCAAACUAGGGUGGAGAAAAGAUGGGAAAGUGCCUAGUCAAGUGGCUAUCAAGUUAAUCAAAAGAAGUACAAUUGUCAAGGAUUCUGACUCCGAGAUUAAAAUUAACCGGGAAAUCAACUCGUUGAAAUUAUUAAAUCAUCCAAACAUUGUAAAUUUAGUCGAAGUUAUGAAAAGUGGGAAGUAUAUCGGGAUAGUUUUGGAAUAUGCAUCAGGAGGAGAAUUGUUUGAUUAUAUUUUGCAUCAUAAAUACUUGAAAGAAACCAUGGCCAAAAAGCUAUUUGCGCAAUUAGUAAGUGGUGUUGAUUAUAUGCAUUCAAAGGGGUUAAUUCAUCGAGAUUUAAAAUUGGAAAAUUUAUUAUUGGAUAAACAUCAAAAUGUUAUCAUUAGUGAUUUCGGAUUUGUUAAUUCCUAUAAUAGAGAUAAAAAUGAUUUGAUGAAGACUAGUUGUGGAUCUCCAUGUUAUGCUGCCCCAGAAUUAGUUUUAACCCAAGCCCAUUAUGAAGGAAGAAAAGUAGAUAUCUGGUCCCUAGGUGUUAUAUUAUAUGCCAUGUUGGCUGGAUAUUUGCCGUUUGAUGAUGAUCCUGAAAAUGAAGAUGGAUCUGAUAUUGUCAAAUUAUACCACUACAUAUGCAAAACACCAUUGACAUUCCCGGAAUACAUUUCACCAUUGGCCAGAGAUUUGUUAAGAAAGAUUAUUGUUCCAGACCCCAAGAAAAGAAUUUCUAUGAAUGAAAUCAAGAAUCAUCCAUGGCUAAUUGCUCAUUCCAAGUUAUUAUCCGUAAAACAAACCGAAUGGGAUAGAAUACACAAGGAAAACGAUGCAAAGAGAGAACACAAGUUACCACAAGAAGACACGCAACAAUCAUCAUACGACAAGAGAUACUCCAUGAUUGUCGAAAAGACCAAUUCAUCAUCAUUAUUAUUAUCACAAAACGCUACCACUAAUAAACUUGUACAACCUACACCAACACACACAAGAUCAUACUCAUCUAAUAGCAUCAGUCUUUUAUAUUCUCCACCUUCUACUUCGUCAUCAUUAGCCAAUGCUAUAGCCAUGCCACCUAAACAAUCCAACUCAGUUAUACCCCCAGAUUCAUCUAGUACUUUGUCUACAUCAACAAAUACCAUGUUCCAAACCCCAUCACCAAAGAGAUCACGCACAAAUUCAUCUCCAACCAGAGGCCAUCAAAAAUCUGCAUCGAUUUCAAAUUCGUAUUCGUCGGCAAGUUUUGCUUUGAAAGCGGUAUAUAAUGAUUCCAGCGAUAGUCUUUCGACCAACAAUUAUCAACACCAUCAUGGUCAUGUUUUCUCUUCUAGUCUGAUACCAAGAUCAACCACAUACACAGGCACACCUAUAUCAACUAUUGUGGAAAGUCCUACCAAGGUCAGAGAAGGGAACGAUGUUGUUAAAGCACCUACUCUUACCCCAAUAACAUUUUCUGCUCAUAGUGCAUCUAAAUUACCUCAUGCAACCAAGAAGCCAAGACCAACCAGUUACCAUCCCGCCUCGAUGUCAUCCACAUUCAACAACAACAGCAGCAGCAGCAACAACAGUAGUAAUAAUGAAUACAUUAAAAUGCCCAAACCUACCAAUGUUCCAAUUGCUCAAUACAUAUCCACUUCACCUCCAAAGUCUGAACAUUCACCUACCAAGGAAGCUCCUUCAAGACGCAACUCGGUGGUUACACAUGUAAACGUUAAUGGCGUUUUAAGCAACCAGAGUAGCACUAUCUUGAGUAAUAGUCCAAACACUAAGAGAAACCUGAUGGUGUUGAGUUAUUUGGAGGACAAGAUUGACACCUUGGAGUUGACCGAGAGUCAUUCACCUACAAAGGAUAUUGUUCCUGCGGCUAAUGAUAACAUUGAGUAUGUGAAGGAUGACAGCAAGGACGAGACUCAAACUUCGUGUGUGGAAAAGUCUAAUGAAACCGUUGAUGUGAUUGUUGAUAAUGAAGCUAGACUGAGUCGUGAGUCUACGCCGCAACUGAAUCCACCUUCCCCUCCAACUGAUGACGAAAUGACUGUCCCUAUUGUCCCAAUUGAAGAAUACAUUGAAAAGCCUCAAGUAGUGGAAAGGCCAGCCAAAGCCGAACAGGAUUUCCCAAGUGCCAAAUCGUUGGAGAGAAGAAACACUACAUCAUCACGUAGGGACAAGUAUAAUGAAGAUAAAGAAAAUCGGGAACAAAAGAAGAGGAACAGAUUUAGUCUCUUGUCGUUCUAUUCAUACCAGUCUUCCAACGCAUCCGUACAUCUGAAAGAGACACGGAAGGUAUUAGAACCACUGAACGACAUGAACACUUCUUCCUCGUCAUCAAUACUGAAGCGGAUCAGUUCCAAUUCCUCCCAUGGGUCCUCCAAACGCACAAGUAUUAGCACUAGCUCCACUAGUAAUGGCAAGGAAGCCAGUGCCGCUCGAAAGGUUAUGGAUUUUUUCAAGAGAAGGAGUAUUAGAGCAUGAUUAGGUUUUUAUAAUCAUUCACAUUUUAUUUAAAGUUGUUUUUUAGUUUUAGUUAUUUUGUUAAUAGUAAAAUUUAAAUUAGUCAUUUUU